UCAGAGGUCUACCCUAGCACGAUAGCUCCCCUAUCUACCUUGUACUUCCAAAGGCAGCCCCUUCUCCUCUCCGCUCCUCUCCGUACUCCGUGGUCCGUCUCUUCUCCCCUACAACCACCACCACCACCACCACCACCACCAAACUAGAACUCCACCCCGACGAGAACCUCGACCACUCGACGUCACAAGUUAACAUCAUGGCCCCCGUCCCUCCAGCCUUCACGCUCCAGGGCAGUGGCCGACUGGCCGGCAAGAAUGCCAUCGUCACUGGUGCUGCAGGUGGCAUUGGCCUGGAAACGUCCAUCCUCUUCGCCCGCGAAGGUGCCCACGUCCUCAUGGCUGACAUCUCCGCCCCGGCUCUCGAGACGGCCAAGGCCAAGCUCCUCGCCUUGAUCCCAUCCGCCAGCGUCGAUACCAAGGUCUGCGACGUCUCCAAAGAAGCCCACGUGCAAGCCGUCGUCGAAGCCCUCGACCCCAAGGGCGGCGUCGACGUCAUGUUCAACAACGCCGGCAUCAUGCACGGCCGCGACGACGACGCCGUCAACACCCCGGACGACAUCUGGGACCUGACCCACAACAUCAACGUCAAGGGCGUCUGGUACGGCUGCAAGCACGCCGUCCUCUCCUUCCGCCGCCACGCCAAGGCCCGCGCCUCCGUCAUCAACACCGCCUCCGUCGUCGCCCUCGUCGGCUCCGCCACCCCGCAGCUCGCCUACACCGCCUCCAAGGGCGCCGUCCUCGCCCUGACCCGCGAGCUCGCCGUCGUCCACGCCCGCGAGGGCUUCCGCUUCAACGCCCUCUGCCCCGCGCCCCUCAACACCCCGCUCCUCCAGGACUGGCUCGGCGACGACAAGCCCAAGCGCCUCCGCCGCGAGAUCCAUUUCCCCACCGGCCGCUUUGGCGAGGCUGUCGAGCAGGCCCAGGCUGUCCUGUUCCUCGCGUCGGACGAGUCCAACUUUGUCAACGGUCACGACCUCGUCGUGGAUGGUGCCAUGUCCAAGGCUUACGUGACCCCUGAGGGCCCUCCCCUUCCGGCACCUGUCAACUUUGCCAGUCAGGUGAAGCCGUAGACUGAGGGGCAAAUUUAGAAACUCAUCUUGCGUUGUACAUCCAACGAGAAAAACAGCGCCUUCAUCGUAGGUGGCUGGUCAACUAUGCCAAAAUAUAUAAUAGAACACGACAGAAAAAAACGCCGCCCAAAAUGCCCCGUUCCCUUUUUCUCUUCCAUCUCACUCAAAAGCCACCACCCAAACAUGGUCUAUUUGAACUGGUCCUCCGUGUUACCCUCGCCCAUGCUCUUGCUGCUCGAGCUACCGCUCUGGAUAGCCCCCAAGAUCCCAUCGAUGUAGCUCGCACCGCUCCACUUCUGGUGCGUCAGCACGUCGCACCCCGUCUCCUUCUCGCGGCGCUGCACGAGGUCCACGUACGCCAGCAUGCCAUCCGUCUUGAACUGGCGCGCCAGCUCGUGGGUGAUGGUAGCGUUGGAGUGCAAGCCGGCCAGCGAGAUGAGCU